AUGUGCCUGUACUCGCAGCUGUUGAUCACCAGCAUGCCCCCUCGAGAGCAUCCGGCCUUGUCGCAACUUGCGCAUGCUGGUGGUGACUACUGCCAGUUCUGCGCGCCAACAGCUGAGGGUUUUACAGCUGAGUCCGUCAAGACUUUCUUUCAAGCUCGACCCCUACAAGCCCAGAUGCUCUCGGCGGUGGUCCUGAGCGUCCUGGCGGACCUCGUGGCCCAGAUGAUCUCAAGGCGCCGCGAGCGAGCACGGGGCGCUGCCGUUAGCUGGAUGUCUGCCAUAAGGCUCGCAGUCUGGUCCGUCGUCUGUACUCCCAUGAUCCAUGCCUGGUUGCGCCUGUUGGAUGCCGUGCUGGGGAAGGGGACCAGCUGGAGUGUGGUGACUGAGAAGCUCUUGAUGGACCAGGUGAAGUGA